AUGUUCCCGAUAUAUAACAUCUGGAGUCCCCCAUACUUCGGAAUCUCGCUACCAAAACCAAACCCUAUUCAAGACACGAAGACCAUUCCGGGUCUUGAGAAUGAAGCUCUGUCAGACCGAAGUGCAUCGAAUCUGAAUAAGUCGUAUAAGCUGAACUGCAACGACCUUGUCGUGACUAGCUACGAAGAUGAUUCAGCAUGCCUAAAGGCUAGAGACACUGGGUCAAUUCCGUUCGAAAAAGAGAAUGUUGUCGGUGGUAUUGACGUUGACUACCCCGGUUUCCUGCAAUGCAGGUGUUGCCUCCGAUAUCGAGGGUGGGUAACCUUAGCCAACGGCGAACGUUGGCGAUUUGACGAAAUCAACGAGUCAUAUUAUCAGUUCGAGCGCGUGCACGAGCGCGUGAAUGAUCGGGAAUUCCCAAAGACAUACCCAAAGAUACUCCAAUGGGAGUGUUUUAGCGACUGGGAGUCGAAUUAUGGACAGGCACCGGCGAACGUGCCGUUUAUUUUGGACCAGGACACUCGUCUCUGCCGGGUUGGCUCGAAAUGGCACGAACGCCACUGCAAAGCUUCUGAGCUUGUGGCUCCCGUCAUUGCUAUUAUGAAUCGAGAAGGCCUUGUCUUUGUUAAUGGAUUGAAGGAGUCUAAUGGAAUUGAGACUGCUAAUCUUCGAGAAUUGGUACUGAUGACAGGACUCACGAUUGCGAAGUUUGAACGCCCUGCAUUGGAAAACUGA